GCAGGAACCAUGACAGUUGGCUUCAGGAAAACGAACAACAGUGACUCAGCUGUUCUUGGCAAACUGAGUGGCCUCAAUAUAUGGAGCUACCCUGUCUCAAUAAAAGAGAUUCUGCGCAUGUCAUAUGGCUGUGGAACUGAAGCAGGAGACUCCAAAUCUUGGGAAACAGUCAGGGAUGAGAUAACUGAAGAAGUUGAGGUUAAAGACUCCAGAACUUGCAAGGAAAGAAAAGGCAAGUGUUCUGUAAUGAGCAGAAAUUAUCUGUAAAGCUUAAUUCUACUUUGUAAUUAAUAGGAUGCUGUUAAGACUGUUAAAUAAGUAAGGUAUGUCUUUUCGCUAUGAAAAUGGUAUGCUUUCUAACUUUUUUGUUUUCUCGUAGAAGAAGAAGAAAGAUUCUAAGAAAAUUAAAGACAGAGGUUUUAAAAGAAGACGCGUGUUGAGUCACAUAACAAACUUUUAUUUCGAUAACGCUGACAGUACGCCCCAAGCUUCCUUUUUCUUUAUUUGGGUGCCCAUAUAGUAUCAACAAGCCGUUUUGUUCGUUUCCGUCAUUGUUUGUUCGAAUAUCGUUGGCUACUUCAGUCAUAGGAUCUUUACAAACUAAUGAAUGUUUAUUACUUGGAGUAUAUCGUGCAUAAAUGUAAAAAUACGGCGGGACAAUUUUGAAAAAUUAAAAAAAUGUGGCUUCCUCUACUACGCGACUUUCGUUUAGAGCUUUUCGUUAUUUUCGCAAUCGUUCGGCAAGAUCUGAGCUCUUGGUCUGUGAACAAAUUUAUGGUUACUAAUGAAUGAAUACCAUAAAGUUCUUUUUGCUAAAAGAACUGAACUCAAUAUGUUCUCAGUCGGCAGACUUGUGGCAGAUGGCAUUACGGCCCACGUCAAUCAAAGCGCUCUUUUUGUGAGUCCCCUUUACGAUGCAUCGCAUGAUGGCAAGAGUCGAUGUCUACGGUUUCGUUACAUGCUGCAAGGACCUGGGGAGAAAGCACUGACAGUUUACUGGAAGGCAAAAACUUCUCGUGAAAUACCUAUUUGGAUCUCAAAAGGCAACACCCGGGGGAACUGGGUUUAUGGUCAGGUUCAGCUCAGCUCCAUUUCAGACUUUCAGGUAUGGAAUUGUGCUUCUUCACCUUUUCUUAGAUUUGCUCAAGAGAAGUAGACCUACUUUUUUGUCCCUUUCGUCUAUUGGACAAAACCAUCAGCUUUUCGAUGGUGGUGCAAUAAGUUACAUCAAAACAAGCUGUCCAUAAAACUGUGCAGACAUAUCGUUUACAUCUGGUGGAAAUUUUUUCUGAUUUGCCACGCGAACCUUAAUCUAUCAUGCUUAUCCCAUCCCAGCACCACCAACAUCGCGAGCGCACUAAUAAAGCCCUCAGGCACUAGGAACUGCGAUGAGAUUAGUAAUUAAUUGCAGAAAUUGUUUCAUUACCGUGAAAGGUGCUUAUAAAAGCGGAAAUGGAGAGGAGAGAAGACUUGAUAGCGUUGACAGGGCUGUACAUCGACGAGGAAAUAAAUUGCAGAGUGACGCCACUGUCGGCGAAAGAAGGUGGAGUAUAGCAAUGUGAUGAGAUAGAAAGGGGGAGAAUUUUUCCAUGAAAUUACGUAAGGGCGCCAUCGCCACUAAACUUUGAAACAAUUGUGUUCUCGAAGCUAUUGAAAUUGUUAUCGCGCAACUCUGGGUCUAUGCUGCUGCUGUUAUUUGCGCUCAUGAGGCACUGCACAAGUACUUCGUGUCUAAUGAUAGUGACACCGGUCAGGUUGUUAAAGCAGACACUUCUUAACAUUCUCGCCUUCAUCUGUUGUUUCUCUUUCAGCUUGCAACGAGAACUUAACCAACGAAAUAGGAUAUUUCUUCUCUCCUUCAUAUCCUGGAAAUCUUCCAGAUAAUACUUUUUGCAAAUGGCACAUCACCGUCCAGGAAAACCACAUCAUUCGUUUGGAAUUCCGAGAGUUUUUACUCACGAACCACCCCACAUGCGAGAGGUGUUUCCUUCAAAUCUUUGAUGGACGUGAUUUAUCUGCGACCGCAAUAGGAAAAUUUUGCGGCUAUAUGCAUCCUCCAGUUGUCAUUUCCUCAUCAAACCAUUUCACGAUUGUUCUCCGCUGUGUUGAGGGUUUCCGAAUGACAAGAUUCAAGGCCUUUUAUCAUUCUAUUAGAAGUAUGUUAUAUCUCAAUGACUUUAAAUUUUAAAAAUAUAUCGACCUUUUUUAUAUGUAUAAAUCUUGGCGAAAUUGAAUUCUGGAAUUAAAAGAUAAAAAUGCAAUGGAUGACCAAAUCAAUGCAAGUUGCGGUUGAAGUAGGUUUAAUUGGUCUACAGGUCACUGGGUCACUUUCCUAAACAUUUGGUGGAGAUGUUUUUCGGUGAAAUAUGAAACUUUGUCUUUUAGCUCGCGGCAGAGAGUUUGAUGCGGUGUAGUAUUCAAUCAUUACUCCAAACAAAGGUAAAAUGCCAACUGAAAUGCGUAGUGGAGUACCUUUAACGAUAUUUGAUUUUUCUCCCACUUCUCUGCAUCAGAAUUAAUAGUACUAAAUUGAGAGAAUCGUAUGGCAAAAUCUGUACCGGUUGUGAGAGAUAUCACAAUUUCCGAGUUUGAGAUUCCACCUUGGGAAAAAAAAAAGUUUUUAACCGCAAUAGGAAGGGUAAUAUCAGUGACUGUGACAAAGCCAUUAGGGCUUGUCGUAACUAAUGCCUUAACUGCAAAUUGGUGGCUACAUCUACGUUUUCCAUUUUUCAGCUCAAGAUUGGGAAGGAUCGUCUUGCUUACUUCAUCAAGGUAAAUGAAUGUUCAUCGAUAAACUGACUUCUUGAAAUAAUUUUUUUCCAGUUUUUAUCCAAAUGACGAAUGGAUUGAAGGAUGAUGUUAGAUAUUAACUGAAUGUCGAAAAUCGUUUUUAGAGUGCCCAUCAAGCUGCGAGUGUAAGGAGUUUGGUGAAGUAGACGACAAGAGGAUUCUGGUUAUUGGAGAAAAGUUGCUGGUUGUACCGAGUAAUCUUCCUUCAAAUACUGGAGCAGUGUAUGUUUAACCGUUUUCCCGGUUACCAUCAUUAUCACUACUCAUUAUACUUACAAUCACCCAGUCCUUCUGCUUACAUACACGGAACAAAUUAAAGAGAUUUGGCAUGAUGUCUAGGGUAAUCGUCAAACGGCAAACAACAAUAUUGAACUCGAUAGCGCCUUCUUCCGGCCUUUGGCUUUUUGAAGUGGAAAUAAUUUGACGUGAAAAAAUAAAUCUAUGUUCACAAAAGGUUAUUAAACAAAAAACCGAUCCUAAUGCUUUGUUCAUUUUAGGGUUAAAGGAAAUGUAUGCAGUAAACGUCACGCGUAAACUCUCUAUAUUGUUUACGUGCACACAUUAAGCUGUUUAAGGUUUCCUUGAUUAUUUAUAUAAGUUCAUAUUCAGGCGAUUCCGUAUGAAGGCCAUAUUUUUACAAGAUAAUGUGUCUCUAUUACAAUCAUAUUUACCAGGGUUUUUCGUCAAAAUUGGAUCUCGCAACUUCGCGAGAAGGAGUUUUCAGACCUUAUAACACUCGAGUAUAUGUGAGUUGAACGCCAUAUUCUCUGUUUUUAUAAAUGGUAGUGCUAGGUUUUCGUUGAAAUGCGAAAACCUUUAAGAUGUCAAAUAGAUGUGUGUAUGUUAAACCAACCCUCUGAUUCUUCACGCUAUCUUAAGGUUCGCUGAGACAAAAAUGAUAUAUUUCAUAGUGUACCAUAUGUCUACGAAUUUUAUUCUGCAGUAUGCAGAGCUACAUUCAAUACCUUAAAAUAUCUUCGAAAACAAGUUGAAUAAUUCUAUUUGAAAAACCAUACAUUUUAGAGAUAUCAAAUUAAUAGUUUACAUGUUCUCUUUGAAACAGUGACCUUAGCUUCAAUAAGCUGCUCCGUCUGGAUGAAGAAUGUUUUCAAAACGUAUCUUCUGUUACUACGCUGUGAGUAUUGGAUGGCGAUUGUAGUUUAAUAUGAAUUAGUGAAUUCCAGAGAAUCCUUAACAGUAAAUUUGUUAGCGAACUUGUCAUCUUUCUCAUCUCGAAUGUCCCCAUGGCCGAUAGGGACAUUCCUCCUCAUUGCUAUAUUCGAACCAUUAUUAUCCUGAAGGCAUCAUGGGAGAAAUGGAUAGCCAGGGUAACGUAGUAUGCGUUGAUGAGAGGGUUGACGAUGACUCCUCUAGAUAAGACAACUUUUGAGGACGUAAGAGAAGCAUAGAUCAGUGCUCCAGAGGAGAUCUUCUCAAUGCAUCCGUCUCGCAUUAUCACUUAGAUUUGUUGAAAGGAACUGUUAGAAUCUUACUGAGAGGCUUUCUUGUGUUCUUUGCAGGAGACUGAAUUCUAACUUUCUUCGAAUUCUUCCUAUUGGAGCAUUCAGCGAGCUCCCUAAUUUAAAAGUCCUGUGAGUAUAUCCAAAUAUAAUCCCAUUCUUUCACAUUGCAUAACAUCAUGAAACGACGAUCGACAAGAUCUCGAUUGAGUGGGCUCAAGAAACUGUCUAUUUUAUUUCAGUGACUUAGGAAGUAACCUUCUUAGCAGUAUCAGAAGUGGAGUGUUUGAUGCACAGUCAAAUUUGAAUGUUUUGUAAGUACUUAUUUUCAAUAAAAUUUGAAAGCUGACAAAGAUUGAGAAACUUGUAAAGCAUUAUUUUGGCUUUGUUUUUAGAGGUUUACGUGCAAACCAACUAACGGAUUUGCAGUAUGGCGUUUUUGACAACAAAAGCAAGAUGACUCAUUUGUAAGUAAAAGGUUUUCUUUUGUUCUAAGCCAAUCGCCAAAGUCAUACCAUUGCUAUUCAAAACAAACGGAAGGGUCAUGAUAAGGAGUUUAGUUACACGGUGAACUGGAAGUCAUAUGUCUAACUUAAUACUUUAUUAACCAUAUUCGAAACGUAACAAUGGACUUCUAAUUUUUGUAAGGUACCUUCAGGAAAACAAGCUGACAGCAUUGCCAAAUGGCUUGUUCAAAGAUCUCUCCAAGUUGGAAGUCUUGUGAGUGCUGAAAAGGAAAUUAAUGUCUUCUCAAAUUACUCAAUCUGCUGUGAAGGGAAAAUUUGCUAACUUCUUGUUUAAACCAUGAUAGUUUCCUUAAUGGAAUUUUGAUUGUGCUUAUUGUUUAAAGUAGGCUGAAAGUGACAUUGACAUACACGUGAAGAGGGUUUUCGCUGAAACAAAUUUGCCUAUAAAUCGUGUUGAGAUCUUGUUUAAUGUCUCUCAUUCGACAGAAAUCUAAGCAGCAAUGAGAUGAAAACAGUGACAAAGGAAACGCUUCAAGGGCUCAGUGCACUGAAAUAUUUGUAAGUAGUUUGAAUUCUCAGCCUUGAGGGGGUCUCCCUGUGGUGAUUUAUCUCCACUGAAGUACGGUGUAGGUGUAAUGUCCGUAGAAUAAAUGAGGUAAGUGGUAAAAGAGAAGUAAAUUACAAUGCUCGAUCAGUCUGAGAUUGAACCAAAGGACGUAUUAACUACCAAACGCUUUUAUUUGAGUUCACCCUUCGUUUUCCAAAUAGCUUAAGACCAUUCUUUGUGCAGUGAUUAAAUAUUACUCUUCUCCAUUUCAUCAAGCCUGUGUGCAGAUAUUUAACACCAAAUAAAAACUUUUAAACAGAUCAAUCAAGUGUUCUUCUUGCUUGAUAAAAACAGGUACUUGGACAACAAUAGAUUAGCUAAAGUACCUACAGAUGCAUUCAACGAGCUGACUAGCCUCAAGUAUCUGUGAGUAAUUUACAAUUGAUAUAGUAAUAGCUACGUUUUUUUGUCUAUCUAAAAUGGAUACUUCAUAAUGAUAGAAAUUGUCAGUCGACACUAUAUAUGGGUAUUUAUAUUAUCCAACGUAUCAUUUCUUAUUUGAUUGAUGACAUUGUAGCUCAGAUGUAAAGUGUUUUCGUCUUGAAAAAUCCCAACAGGAAACUAGAUCGUUUCAUCCUUUGUUGCUACGCUAAGAAAUCCGUGGAAGGAAUUACUUGUGAUUCUCCUACUGAUGAGUUCUCCAGCUGUGACGACCUCAUGAAGAACAAAACGCUUCAGAUCUGCAUUUGGAUUCUUGGAAUCCUCGCCUUCCUCGGCAAUCUUCUUGUCAUAAUAUGGCGAAUAGUUGAUAAAGAAGAGAACAGGGUUCAUUCAUUCUUGCUAACAAAUCUUGCCGUAGCCGACAUGUUUAUGGGUGUCUAUCUUUUGACAAUAUCAAUUGUGGACGCGAGAUGGCGGGGUGAAUAUUUUAAGCAUGACACAAAAUGGAGGGCUGGUAUAGGCUGUCAAAUUAUUGGAGUCCUAUCCAUGCUCUCAAGCGAGGUAUCUGUGCUGAUUUUAACAGUCAUCACCAUCGACCGAUUUCUUUGCAUCAUCUUCCCUUUCAAGUUCAAGCGUCUUACAUACAAGUCUGCCGUGUUCACCUGCGCAGCCAUGUGGAUACUUGGCGUAGUCAUCUCCGUGAUACCAAUCACCGGAAUAGACUAUUUUUACGAUAAAAGUGGUGAUUUCGGUUUUUACAGUCGCUCAGCUGUUUGCCUUCCUCUUCAGCUAUCUGAAGGAACCCCUGCCGGCUGGGAAUAUUCCGCUUCUUUUUUCAUCGGUUUAAACUUCGUUUCGUUCGCGUUUAUCUUGGUGGCGUAUAUCUUAAUGUUUUGGACCGUCAAGCGCGCUGCCCGCGCUGUUCGAUCAACGGGUAUGAACAAAGAAUCUGCCAUGGCCAAGAAACUUAUUUGUAUUGUGAUGACCGACUUCUGCUGUUGGAUGCCUAUAAUAAUUAUCAGCAUUUUGUCACUGACGGGAAAUUUCUACGAUCCGGACAAAAUUGCCUUCGUGUGGAUCGCAGUGUUUGUUCUUCCGCUCAACUCUUCCCUCAAUCCAAUCCUUUAUACAUUUUCUACCGAGAGAACGAAACGAAGCUUAACCAGAAAGGGGAAAAAUGUUACCGGCAUGGUUAUGAAGUCUUUGAACAGUCGCGCUCGAGGUGGGUGGAAAAAUGGCAAGAUUCACAUUUUUAUAUUGAACUGUUAUCACAUUUUCCAUGGACUUAAUAGGCGGUGAUUUCUUUGAAAAAUGCACUUUUGUUUUUAUAUCUUAAUGCAUUCAAAAUCUAUAACUUUCAGUCACUUUGAAAGAUAUUACAAGUUUCAUAUUUAAAAAGACCUCCCGGAGAGCUGAGAGCCCAUUAUGAAGUCUUCAUGGUUCCUUCUGAACCUUUUUUCCAAGUUGGCUACGAACUCCGUUACCGUGUUAUCUUUUCCUGUCUAUUUCUAGAUCAAUCUAAGGACUACCUGGGAACGUAUGCUGAAAACACUUUAGUCUCUAUUGCUGAAUCCAGUCCUCGACCGGUUAAAAGAAUUGUGGAAAAACAGGAACAGCAAAGUAAAAAAGCGAAGGCUAAGUUAAAGCUGAUCGAAGUAGUGGAUGUCUUUAAAGAAGACACUACAGGAAAGCGUUCAACGGUAAGAACCUUUCAAAGAUAUAUCACUGAACUUUUCGAUAGAUACCUACUGAAGUAAGUUAAAGGUAGGUUUCUAACGUACAUGUAGCCUUGACAUUAUAAACAAACCAUGAAUACAUCGACCGAUAUUUUCAUAAGUGCUCCUAUGAACGGUCCUAUUAUGCAAACGCAAAACGAUAUUGCAAACGAGGAAAUUGUGUCCUCUUGCUGUCUCCUUGCGAUGUAGGGUUAUGUCACAGCUUGGUGCGAGGAAGAAGGAGUACUUGGUAUGGUACUACUGAAGUACUUCGGAAAGGAAAUGAAGGAAGACUGGACUCGAGAGAUAGAUAUAGUUCAAGGUCUGUCUAUUAAUGAAAACCCGCAAGACAACCUUCUUCAUUAUCGCUGGCACUCUAAAGGUAAGUGAGCAUUUUUAUUAAGAAUGCAUCCGACAUUUCUGCACAUGUAUAUGAAAAAUAUACACAUUUCGCGGAUUUAGCUAAAGAAGGCGAAAAACCAAAAUCCACAGCAAAACAAAAGGAGAAGCUCUGAAAAGCGAUAGUUUCUCGCUUAAAACAAGAGUGCCAUUCAUGAACGGAGUAAACUUAGUUGACGAGGUUUUGAAUUGAAAUAAUCGAAAUGGAUCUGAUGAUCUUCAGUACAGUGGUUAAGUCACGUGUCUUAAUAGGCAGAUACAAUUGGACGGCGUGCUGAUACAUUAUAAGUAGCGAGGGCUGGAAGGAAAGGUGUAGGGGAGAGUCAGGUGCCAAUAAUGACAUGGCUUUUGUUAGUCUUCAAUCUUUCCGCGUACUACAAGCUUUUCCUGGGAAAAGCUGAUCACACGUGAUUAAUUCUAGGCUGAUUAUUAAGUUUUAAAUGGCAGGUUGACAUAUGUAAGGCUUAUGAUACUUUAUACUAUAUCGUAAGAGAGGCAAGGGAUUAACAGAGUAGAAGUAAAUACCUAGGUUUGCUUCAGAUAACGGUGGGCUGCUAAAUUUCUGAGUAGCCUUUUCAUUAUAGUGCUGUUGUUGAUUUUCAGCGUCUGAACAGAGUAUUGAACAAGGCAAGAAGAAGAUUCAUGGGAUACAAGGAAGUAGUUGGUAAGUUAUCAUUGGCCUAACUCUGUAACGGUCAUUUAAACUAUAGUUGUCUCGUUAAACUGAAGUAAGAGCAUGGAUAUGACCGAUCGAAACUUUGAAUUAUUUUAACUUAAUUUAAUUUUCAUUUUGUAAUUCAGAGUCCAUUGUUUUAUCUAUGACAUUUCAUUACCGUACCUGCCCUUAUUAAAAUUGUGAGUGUUGAUUUAUUCCAAAAUUUUUAUUUUACGCUCUCCUCUUAAUUAACUCUUCAUUUCCUUCUGAAUUUUGUUAAGGCUCAUUUGUUACGAUUUUGAGUCGAGCUCCACUUUGGAAGAUUUUCUUUCGGAGAAAGGAAUUGUUAUCAACUUCGACGCGGUAUGCGCUGUAGUUUGUGACGUCAUCACCGCUAUAGAACAUCUUUUGGAUCAUGGAAUAUCUCAUAACAACAUCACAACUGGCAACAUUUUGAUCAGGCAUUGUCCAAGAGUAAGUAGAUUACUGAUGUUUAAGAGUCUGAAAACUUUCGCAGUCCAUUGAUAGCCGUCAAAUUAUCUUAGUCUUGCCUGAAGUCUCUUACGAUAGAUGUGUUGUGGUGCCAAUUCCAGUCUAAUGAGCAAUAACAGAAGAAAUGUCGAAGAAAGUAAAAAUCGUUUGUCUUAAUGCGCGAGACCAUUUGCAACGGGUUUCACCUGAGGAAGUUUUAAAUCGUUUCUGUACACCUCAUCCACGCAUGUCGGGCCUCACUUGAUAUUUAUCUAAAAUUAGUGUUCUUGGACUAGCUAGCUAGUGUAACGAAAUAACAAUUUCACCCAAGAGCGUGACCAAGUUGGCUUUUAGGCGGGCAAAUAAAAGAUUGACGAUAAUCCCGCCAUCAUGAAUGAGGUCUACGAAGCGAAUUUGACAAGAUCGACACGUUUUACAGGUACCUCCGAUCAAAGCCGUUCUGGGUGGAUUUUCUCAAGCGUCUAAAGCAGAUGACGCAGUUGCGUUCACAAACUCGGCGGCCGACGAACAGAGUUGCCAUAGCCACGACAUAAAGCAGUUCGGACAUUUACUAGCAACCUUACUAGGACACUGCCAUGGCUCCAGUGAAUACGUUAAGGUAAUUAUUAUGAAGUCAGUGUCAAUAGGUACUUAUGACGACCUAGAAAAAGCUUGGUUGAUUUGCAAUUACUGAUCCCUGGUUAAAGAAAAAUUGUCAAGAUUAAGAACCGCAUGUAGAUUGUUUACCAUCUUUUAAUUGGUUGCCUUAGCUUUAGUGGACACAAAAGAGAGCUGACAUCUAUUUUUCAUAUAUUCAGUAAUAGUUAAGUAACUACGGUGCAGCAAGAUUACGAAACAAAAUGACCCUGACAAGUGUUCAAGACCACACCGGUGUAUUUCGUCGAAUUAUCUUGCCAGGGCGUUGUUAUCGUAAGUUUCGCCAUCGGUCUCAUGGUAAAAUUGUAACUCUUCUCUUGAUCUCUAAAAAAUUGUCACUGCUUUAUAUAAAGCUGUAAGUAAGGAUACAGUUAUCUUAUGCAAUGCACAAAAAGCUGCCUGAUUAAAAACAUAACUUCCUUUCUUUUGUUUUGUUCAUGUUCUGUAGUUGCAUGAGAUUAUGAAACUGUGUUUCGAGGAUACAGAGGAGAAGAGGCCUACAGCGCGUUACAUCCGCGAAGUAUUGGAAGAAACCUGGUGCGCUGAGGGGGUUUGGGAUACAUACCUAUGAGGAAACUAAAAAAAAAAUCGAAAUUAGCUUUCCAAUCGCAUUUGGUACCGAGUUUGAAAUGGUUGUAUUAGUAACACCAUCGAUUUCUCUGAGUAUUCGGUCAGUUUUUUUUCUCAUUUUUAACUUGCCUUUACUGAAACAAGAAACGCUUUUCGGCGAUUUGCCUAACAUCGAAAAAAUUUGUUGUAUUGUUGCUUUCUAUUAUGUGCAGGGUGCUGCGUGGGUUAUUAUGAUGGCAAACGGAUAGAAAGUCAGCAGUUCAUUUCAAAAUAAUUUAUACAAUAGCUGCUCAGUGUAUGUGAAGUUCGUAAGUAUUAAUUUAGGGGCGAAACACCCGAGGCUUCCGAGGAGGAUUGUCGGUCCCCGUUCUGUUUCAGCUUCAUUAGUUUCGAUUAAUUAAUUAGUUGACGAAAAUAGACUAU